GGUCCUGAGGUGUGUGUGUUCGUUUCUCAGGUAAAAUAUGGCUAAAAGCUUAUGGAGUAAGUGGAAAAGAAAGAUGCGUGCUGAAAAGAGAAAAAAGAAUGCCCCAGAGGAGGUCAGCAGGCUUAAAAGUAUUCUCAAACUAGACGAUGAUGUUUUAAUGAAAGAUGUUCAAGAGAUAGCAACUGUGGUGGUACCCAAACCCAAACAUUGCCAAGAGAAAAUGCAAUGUGAGGUAAAAGAUGAAAAAGAUGACAUGAAAAUGGAGACUGAUAUUAAGAGAAACAAAAAGACUCUUCUAGACCAGCAUGGACAGUACCCAAUAUGGAUGAACCAAAGGCAAAGAAAAAGGCUGAAGGCAAAGCGAGAGAAAAGAAAGGAGAAAAACAAAGCAAAAGCAGUGAAAGUGGCAAAGGGUUUGGCCUGGUAGACUCUUAAAACCUUGGAAAAUGCCACAUGGGAUAGAUGACGGAUUACAAUGUAUACACGUGUAUACUUUUAUUUCAACUGCCACCAAAUGAAAACCAUUUGUUUUCCUAUUUUAACUUGGCCUUUUUUCUUCAAUUCAAACCCAGCAUAACUCCUCAAGUUUGUUUUGGGAACUUGAAUAAAAAAUUUUCUUUGAUACAAAAAAAAAAAAA